CACCGCCAGGUGGCAGCACCGCGCCCUCUCUGUCUCUGAGCUUCUUCUUCUACGUUUCCGUCUUCUUCUUCUACGGAAACUCCUUCCUCCUCAACACAAAAAGCAAGAUGGCGGCGAUACAAGCAGAAAGGAACCAUGAAACGGGCAAACUGGAGUUCUCCCUGGACGUCCCCUUCCCGUCGUCCCGCGAAGCCAACAUCGCUCUGCGUUCUCUGUCUCCGGACCGAGAGCCGAGGAAAGGAGGCAUCAGCAAACAGCUGUCUGUGACCGGCAGCACGCUCUCAGUGCGGUGGAGCGCAGACGAAGCUCGGAUCCUCCGGGUGUCGGUGAACUCGUUCCUGGAUCACCUCUCGCUCGUCGUGGAGACCAUGGAGAUGUUCGGUCCUCCUGUCCCUCAGUGACGCCUGAUACGUGACGCAGGACUGAUUUCAUGUUCUCUUCCUCCUCUGGAGCUUCAAGUCCUCGGACAGCGUCUGAAAGACAAACACGCUCAGGGUCGGAGGAGGAAGUCUGAGCAGCUGGCAGCUUUGAAACUGUUCUUUCUGAUCACAUGAGGGACGUUAGGGAGCUCGGGGUCGGACUGGGUUUAUCUUCAAGUGUCCUCCUUGUCUCUGAGAAGAGCUGAAAGAGGAGACUGUUGAUUCAUCUUCAAGCAGAAACUAUAAAUACUGUCUCUACAGACUCUCAGGUUCAGGGAUUUUGUGUCACCGGUGAUGUUGGUGUCCUUGUGGUCUCCUCUGAGGACCAGACUGAGCUCUAACUGUUAGAAUUUGAACUGAGGAAGCUGUUAUCAAUAUCUUUUAUUGAUUUAAUCAUAAUGACGUCAUAGUUUUUGACAUUUUCCUCCCAAAUGUGCUUUUUUAAAAGUCAGAUGUUGCACCAAAGCUGUGACAGUUUGUCCAGCAGAGGGCGCUGCAUGAUAAAGAUUCAUCCUCCUGUUUGUUUCCCCUCAUGUAAACCCAAAUAAUCAUCUUCUUCUUCCUCUUCCUCUGAGGAGAGGAAACACUCCUCACUUCUGUUUUCAGUGUUUACCAAUAAACUAAAGAUGCUCACCUGUCUGA